AUGCAGGCGGUGUCCAAGUUUAUAUUUGGACCGUCACAAGAGGAGAGAGUCAAGAAGGUGCAGUCACAGCUGCGGUCCGAGCAACGUGCGCUAGACAGAGAGAUGCGCCAGAUCGACCAAGGUUCCACCAAGACCAAAGCAGAGAUCAAAAAGCUUGCCAAGAAGGGCGAUGUCAAGAAUGCAAAGAUCCUGGCGAGAGAAGUGGUGCGCGCACAAAAGCAAAAGAAUCGACUCGCAGUUUCUAAAGCGAGACUGAACAGCAUACACAUGCAACUGCAACAUCAGCUAGCAAUGUACAAGGUGACCGGAAGCAUGCAGAGAUCGACCGAGAUUAUGAAGCUUUCGAAUCAGCUCGUCAAGUUACCCGAGGUUUCCGCGGUGAUGCGGCAGAUGAGCGCCGAAAUGACAAAGGCCGGCAUCAUGGAAGAAUUAAUGGAAGAUACACUAGACUCGGGCGUUCUAGGCGAAGACGAGGACGAGCUGGAAGAGGAAGCGCAGGAAGAGGUCGACAAAGUGCUCUAUCAGCUUACCGAUGGUAAGCUUGGCCAAGCCAACACCACCGACCACCUCCCCGAUCUGGCCAUCGAAGAUCCAAAGUUGAACGAGGAGCAAGAACAGCAAGACAUGCAACGCAUGCAGGCCGCUCUCGACGGUCUCCUUCGUGGUUGA